GUUUCUUAUCUGCUGAUAUGAAUCCCCACUUUUCUCAUGAUAAUGUCUGAACAGCUGAGCAUUUGAACUUGCUGUCGUUAACAUCUUCUGCCUACCGUAUUUCAACCGACCUUGAAAUAUGGACGCUUUACGUGAUGUGCGUGAUGUACGUGUUGAUGCAGAAAUCCCAGUGCUGGAGGCGCGUCGUCGUCCCCGUCCAAAGCUCGCGAUAGCGCCACUGUUGGUCUUGAUACUCCUAGUCAAUCUAUCGGCAAGCCUCUAUCAGCUACCGCUAAACCGAAUUAUCGAGAGACGUCUCUGUCGGGAUUACUAUAACCUCCACGACCCAUCCGUUAUCGAUAAUGAUGGGAAUAUUGAUGAGAAGCUCUGUAAGAUUGAUGACGUCCAGAAGAGCUUGGCUUGGGUAGUAGGCAUUAUGGAAACGUUAUGGAUUGUUGGUGAUUUCGUUAUGACUAUCCCUUUAGGAUUUGUGGCCGAGAAGUAUGGCCGGAGAACAGUCCUAUGGCUCAACAUCGUUCCAAGGUUAUUUUUGCUUGCUUGGGUUGUUAUGGUCGGCUUCUUCGAAAAGAGUCUCCCUCUGAAAGCGAUCAUCGUUGGUCCGUGCCUCUCGAUUCUUGGCGGGAACUGCGUCUUAAAUUCUAUCGUUUAUGCUCUCGCAGCCAGUUUGACGGAUGACAACGUCGUUCGAGCAACUUAUUUCAGCUGGACAAAUGCGAUAUCAUAUGUGGUAACGUUCGUUGGUCCCGGUCUUGCUGGUGCAACUAUGACUUUGAACCUCUUUCUCCCAUUAUUGAUCGGUAUUUGCCUUUUGCUGUUAGCCAUACCUACGAUAUCAUUACUCGCAGAUCCUACGCAUAACCGACCAGCAUCAGAGGAUGAGCAGCGCCGGCCUCUCAUAUCCUCUCCCACUUUGAAAGCACAAAGUUCUAGUGGCAAUAUACUAAAGCCCGUCAUUAAACGCUUUCAUACUCUCUACUCUAUCGUCAGAAGCCAUCCUAGGAACCUAAGUCUUUUGCUUAUAAGCUUCUUUCUGACUUCUCUCGCGAGCUCUGAUACUACCCUCUUAGCUCAGUUUAUAUCGAAAAGAUAUCACUGGGAAUUUGCUUCGGCGGGGUAUCUUUUAUCUGCGAAAGCUGUUGUAAACUUCACACUCCUCACUUUUGUGAUCCCUGGAAUUCUCAGGGCUAGAGGUACACAAGGACCGAAUCAACCCCCAACGCUGUCCGACUGGGACAAUGUCGAGUACUCUCGGAUCUGCUUAAUCUUGUCCCAAAUAGGUGCGCUUGCUAUUGCGCUCUCAGUCACGCCUUCGUUCUUGUUUCCUUCUUUGCUGCUAUACUCUCUCGGAUCCGCUCUUCCCGUGUUCACUUUGGGUUUAUUGAAGUCUCCAUCGGUAGUACCCACGGAUGAGGAUCGGUCAACGAAUUCGACAGAACCGGAAACUCACAUUUUUUCUAUUGUCAUGAUGGUUAAAAUCCUUGGUUCUCUGGUAGGGGCCCCGUUAAUGGCGUCAAUUUGGGUUAAAGGCAUCUCGACAGGUGUUUAUGGGAUACCUUAUUAUACGAGCGCAUUUUUGUAUGCAUGCGCGAGUGUUGUUUUUCACGGAGUUAAAGUGCAACGAGGUCGGUGAUACAGCGGAUGAACGGCACGGCAGUACUAAUCCGAAUGAUAUCUAAAUUCCUUGGUUUAUCGAUUUCUUGGUGGUGACCAAGACUUAAUAGUUUCAUGAUCCAUCCAUGGUAACGUGAGAUGCAAACUGAGAUUGAUUCGCCUACCCACUUCCCGUUUGUUGUGGAACGACUGUGACGCCAUUGACAUGAGGGGCUACCAAUGAACGAUGCGACAGCGUUGGACUUGAAAAGAAAAGGGAUAGUCUGAAUCUUCUCGAUUUUAG